GCAACACUGUCAAGACAAAUAGUAAAUAAACACAUGUUCAAAACAUAAGAAAAAUGCGUGAGUAAAACAUAGUGUAAUUUACAAUGUGAUUUUACAUGAAAAAUUUGAGUGAAAUCUCUAAAAAUUUAAGAAUUGUGUAAAUUUACUAUUAAUAAUAAUUAAAAAAAUUCCGUGAAAAAUGGGUAUUCGUGGAUUGGCAACAUAUAUGGCACAACGUUCUGAUUGGCAUUUAAAACCAUUUGAACUUCAUAAUACGUAUUUAGUAAUUGAUGGCAAUGCACUUGCUUCACAAUUAUAUAUUCAACAUGCAAAAUGCAAUUGUUCAUUUGGAGGUGAUUAUGAUAAAUAUGCACGAACAAUUUGUGAAUUUUUCGACAGUCUCGCAAAAUGCAACAUAACCCCAUUAGUUAUUUUCGAUGGCGGUUGCGAGGAAAAGAAAAUUAAAACUGUUCGCAAAAGAAUUCGGGAUAAGGUAGGAUCUGCUUUUGGUUACAAUCCAACAACGCAAAGAAGUUACAAAUUUUUCCCCCUUCUCAUGAAGGAAGUUUUUAAGGAAAUAUUAUCAAAAAAGGGUAUAAAUUAUGUGCAAACACUUUUUGAAGCCGACGAUGAAAUUGCGUCAGUGGCACGAAUUUUAAAUUGUCCAGUUUUAAGUCUCGAUUCUGAUUUUUAUAUUUACAAUGUAAUGUACAUUCCAAUUAAUACUCUUGAUCCAUUCAUGGUACAAAAUCGACCGGGAAUUGGUUACGUGAAACGUUGUAAAAUCUAUAGAGUUGAAAGUCUCUUGAAACAAUUUCCGGGUCUUGAUUCUUUACAUCUUCCACUUGCCUCGACAUUGCUUGGCAAUGAUUAUGUUAAUUGUCGAACAUUUAAAGAAUUUUUCCUUCAUUUGCGUCUUGCAAAAGCAACAAAAAUGCGCUACAAUCAACAACAACGACGAAUUGAAGCAACAAUACUUUGGUUGAGUAAACAUUCAUUUCACAAUGCAAUCACACAAAUUCUCGCUCGACUACCACAGGAAUCACGAUCAAAAGUCUUGGAAAUUAUUGAGAUGAUUGUCAAUGUUUAUACGACCUCAGAUCCACAAAUACUCAUUAGCCUUGGUUUCCCAAUGGAAUUUGUAUCGGAAAUGAAGAUUAAAUUUAAAAAGGAACCUUUUAAAUAUAAAAGUGAUGAUGAUAUUAAAAAUUUUCGCCCUGAGGAAGAUGUAGAAGACGGCGAGGAAUUGGAAUGCGACCUCACCGACUUAGAGGAAGAGGAAAUGGUAAAAGACGAUCCCGAAUUUCGAUACGAUCCAAAUAUUGAAAAAGUUGCUCCUCCCUGGUUUAUCGAAGAAUUCCAAAUGGGACGCUAUGCUUCCUAUUUCAUUGACAUAUUCACAAGAAGAUUUUACGUUUGUCCACCGCAAAUUGAAGAUUACUCAUAUCCCGCGGCAAUAAAAAUUAGUACAAAAAUCAUAAGCGUUAUCUAUAGUUUAUUGACAAAAGGUCUUCAAGGACCAGUUUUACUUUCAUAUCUUUGUCGUGGUUCAGGUAAAAAUGUUAUUGUCAAUAAAUUGGAGGCCAAGGAAAAUAUGCUCGGUUGUCAAUUACCAAAUCUCUUUGAUCUACGUAAAUUACCAAUAAUAAUUCGUAAGAAAAUUUUAGAUGAAACACUUGGUAUUCCUGAAAUGGCACUCGCUACAUUACCCAAUGAAUGGCAACUUUAUGUGGCAACAAUAAUUUUUUGGAUGUCACAACAGGAGAAACCGUCGGGUACAAAUUGUCAUUUAUAUUCAUUGCUCUAUUCAAUGCUUUUUAGUGUUGUUGAUAAUAAAAUUGGUUAUCAUCGUUCUGAGCAAUAUUUUCAUCAAAAAUAUGAUCAACAUAUAAAAACAAUUUUUUACAAUCGUGAAAAUCAACAACACGAACAAUUAAAUCAAAAUUUAACAAUUUUUCAAGCAUACUGUCAAAUUAACAUUGACGAUUGUUUAUUGGCUGCGCCAUUUUUAUUGAAUAAUUUUGAAAUUGAUCAACAUUUAUUGUGGAAUGUGAAAAAAUUUAAUAUAUCAAUUGUUCAUGCUUUUGCACAAUUUCAAAUUUGUCUUAGACAUAGUGUACAUCUUAAUGCAUUAUUGGGAUUUCCUUAUCAGCAAACGAGAAUUUCUGAAUUAUUUAAUGGUACAUUGGUGUAUAAUUUGUAUACAAAUUUUAAAGGACGCAAUGACAUUGACGCUUAUGUUUUUCAUCAAUUGCAAAAUUCGCCAACAUUAUUGAGACUCUUUAAUCUUUUGUUAGCAAAUAUUAAGGGACUUUUGAAACAAGAUGUUUUAGAUAAUAAAGUGAAUUGUGCGCGUCGACGAAGAAAACGUAAUAAAGUUAAAAAUUGUGUAGAAACUACACAAAUUAUUGAACCUGAAGAUUCAACUUCAUUUUACGAUGUAAAUAAUCGAUUUUCGAUGUUGAGAGGCAAUUAGCUGUUUUGUUAUUUUCUUUUAUUUUCAAUUGAUUUAAGAAAUACUGUUUAUAUAUAUAUAUUCGGUUUAUACAUUUUUGAUUUUUAUUCAUUAUUCUUUAUGAACUUGUUCAAAAUGUAUAUUUGUUUUGAUUUUGAUUAAUGCAUUUAUAAUAAAAAAAAUAUUUUUAAAGUUUA